CAACAACUAAACAAGUAAUAGUGCAAACGGUACGAAAUUAACAUUUUUAUAUGCUUUCUCUGUUCUGCUUCAGUGUUUAAAUCGUAUAUUUAUUUAAUAAACAAAUAAGACUAUCUGAACACAAGUCACAAAAACAUGACCAACGCCGGUGUUAUCUGUUUGAUUUUAUGUUAAUUCAACCAACUGCCAACUUGUAACUGCCAAGGAGUGGAACGCCCUGCCCGAGUCUGUGUUUCCGCAUGAGUACAAUUUGGGGCUCUUCAAGGCAAGAGUUAAUAGGUAUCUCAUAGGUGCAAACACAAUGAUAAGGGGUGAUAAAACAAUGCCGAAGGCGAAGACAACAAAGACGAAGGGGUCGCGGCUAGACCUUCUACAGCAACCUGAAGAGGAGCCUUUGGUAGUCCCUAAGGUAAUCAGACAGUAUACAAGAAAGAAAAAGGAAUCUGUGGGGUCAGCAAAUAAACUUGCGGGUACAACCAGUAUAAAUGUGGCUGCUGCAUUAUCAGAACAAACUGAUUCCAUAUCUCUAGUCAAUAAUCGUGUUAAUAUUAAAGAAGAAAUCAUGGAGAGUUUUCAUGAUAUUGAAAUCAUGGAUGUUGAUGUUAAAAUAGAAAAUCAUGUUAAAACAGAAGAAAGGUCAGAAUCACAAAAUGGAGUCAGAGCAGAGGACAAUUAUGUUAAAAUUAAAGAAGAAAGUAUAGAUACUCUUUCAGAUGAAAGUGUCAUGAAUAGUAAUGCCUCCAUGAAUUCUAAUCUAAGUGAAACAGUCCAAGAAACUGAAAUCACUAUUAAAAUAGAACCAGAAGAUGAUUUACAAUAUAUGAACUCAGAACAGAAACAUACAGAUGGGUUCCCCGCAGAUUGUUUACAAUCUGAAGAGGACAUUGCUGUCAAAAUAGAACCAAAGGCUGAAAAAAUAUAUUGCAAUAAUGUAAAUAGCAAAAUGUACUCAAGGAAUAAUGUAAAAGAAAAUGUGCAGGGCCAGAAUUGUCAAGAACUUGCUCCCAUCCUUCAACUGCAGCAGACAUUGAAUGUUGCGAAUGUUCAGGCUCCACAAAGGAAAAUAGUGAUCACUGAAGAAAUUCAUAUUAAAGAAGAGGCAAUUUGCGACACUGAGGAUUGUUUCGAGGUAAAAGAUAUGACUUUAGUAACUACUAGCAGCAUUCAAGUAAAAGAUAAGACUCCAAUAACCACUAGCAGCAUUCAAGUAAAAGAUAAGACUCCAAUAACUGCUAGCAGCAUUGAUUUAAAAGAUAAAACUCCAGUAGCUACUAGCAGCAUUGAAGUAAAACAUAACACUCCAAUAACUGCUAGUGGCAUUCAAGUAAAAGAUAAGACUCCAAUAAUUGCUAGCAGCAUUGAAUUAAAAGAUAAAACUCCAGUAGCUACUAGCAGCAUUAAAGUAAAAGAUAAGUCUCCAGUAGUAAUUAAGAAAAACCCUCUACCAGAAAAAAUAAAAAUAAGAAGAAUUAUGAAUAUGCCUAAAAUUCUGAAAACAUAUGGGAGGAAACAACCAGAUCCAGCUGCAAUGAAGAAAUGUUUUCUUCUUGCUGUUAGCAACCCACCAGCAAAAAUCCUGAAAAUCGUCUCCCAGAAAUUGCCAAAGACCAAAUCUCAGCCAUCCGGUCCAAAAUUUAUUUGUGACAUGUGCAGUAGUAACUUCAGGAGCAAAGCCAGCAUGAGCGCCCACAUGCGGUUCACGCACGGCGUGGUCAUGAAGCACACGUGCGUGGUGUGCUCUGCUACUUUCCCACAUCACUACCUCAUGCUCGCGCACCGGCGCGCGCACGCCGGCCCGCCGCUCGAGUGCGACCUGUGCCCCAAGUCCUUCCAGUCCAAAGAUAAAUACGGAGAGCAUUUGAAUACCCACCUACGCGAGCGACUCUUCCCUUGCCCGGUGUGUCUCCAACGCUAUCCAAUGCUAGUGCAUUUACAAAGGCACGCCGAGAAGCAUACGCAGGAAGAUAUCUUCUCUUGCAAUAUUUGUAAGGAGAGCUACCGUUCUCUUAUUGAUUUGAGGCGACAUUCCGAGCGCGAUCAUGGAGAAAAAGAAGAAUUCCCCUGCUAUGUUUGUAGUCGGAUUAUUUUAUCUAGUGCAGAUUUUCUUACUCAUGUAAGAACGCAUGAUAACGCGUUCCAUACGUGCGCUUUCUGUCCCAGAAAAUUCACCGACGCGCAAAAAUGGGAGGAGCACUCCGCUGAACAUAUUGAGAAGAUAGGUAGAGGCGAGGCUAUUGAAAAACCCUACAGCUGCGAAUACUGUAAAAAAUCCUUUGAAUACCAAAGUGUUCUGAAAACACAUAUUAGAAUGCAUACUGGGGAGCGACCAUAUGAGUGUCCAGAGUGUAAAAAAAAGUUGAAGACUCAAAGUGCAUUAACGGAGCAUGUUAACGGGCAUAAGCGGCCUUAUCCAUGUCCGGAGUGUAAGCAACGGUUUGGUAAGCGGAAUUCUCUGUCGAGGCACAUGUUGCUACACACUGGGGAGCGUCCGCACAGCUGUACGGGCUGUCCGAUGACUUUCGUGCAACGUUCGUCGAUGCUGCAGCACAUACGGCGGUUUCACCAGCCCGGACUCAAGCGGGUACCGAAAAAAAAGAAAGGUGCGAAAAAAACUACUAAAAAGAAGGAUUGCUGAAGAGUGAUGAUAAUGAUGAAGAAGAAA